AUGCAACUACCUUCCGAUAUCCUCCUCGCCAUCUUCGACAACUUGUAUCAGUGGACGUUGGAUGUGAUGAGGGAAGAAGAUUAUUACAAUGAACCGGAGGGGAGAUCCAUGCCGAACAAGUAUCCGAUUCCUCACGCGGCAUACCUCUCAUUUCCCUACUGGACUGCAGCGACUUGCACCCACUGGCUGACUGUGAUGCACGCACAGCCAAAGUACUGGGAGCGCAUCUUCCUCCCACUUGUUAACAUACCAGGGUCCAAGAUCAGACAGUACCUCGCAUUUUGUGCUGUGCACGCGUCCAUGGAGGCUGAUACGCACGAGCUAUACAUCGUCAAUCCGGCAGGCGCUGCACCAGAGACGCCCGAGGAAGAAGAUUCAUGCAUCCAGGAGCUGAUGCAAGUUCUUGCACCGUAUAUCCACCAGAACCUGUUUGAGGUGUUGUACAUCGAGACCAGGUUUCGAACCUCUAUCAUUGUCGCCAGCCAGUACCUGAACGACGCGUUUAUCGCCAAGCUGCACACUCUCGUUCUCAAGUCGGAGAUUGCCAACACUGUCGACACCCUCCGCGUCAACGAGUUGGUGACCCACGACCUCGAGCGCCUGGCGCUCGACGCGAAGAGUUUCAUAGACCUGACCCUGAAAGGCGUCAUUCCCCUGUGCUGCCAUACAAACGAGGGCAAGCAUCUCUGCAUUACACGCUAUCGAGCUCCGUCGGGUAUCCCUCGCAUCCCUCUAGACGCCUUCAUGGACUGCCUAGGCAUCAUGACCCAGAAGAUCGAAGAGAAGUGCCGACGCCUCGAUCCGUCGUGCACGAUAUCGAUCCAAGAUGUAGCGCAUGACGGCAGGGCGCAGCUUGCCUCCUCUCAGCCUCAGGCAGGACCGUCGUCGGCGCUAGCAAUAUGGACAGAUCCUAGCUUUCGUACGCAAUACGCGCAGCGCAUCCGAAACGCCGAAUGCCUAGUCUUCGAAGACGUUGACAGUGACUUUCUCAACUCCUUCUUCGCUGGAAGGUAUCUCCAUCCUGACGACAUCCCGGACUACAACGACCAGAGCAUAGAGCCGCUCUACCUUCGCUGGUGCACCUUCACGACGUCAGUGAAGAUGUUCGAGCCCGUCCUUCACCUUGAAGGAAUACGGGAGGAGCGUCAGCUCCGUCUUGCGCUCAUGCAGUGGGAGGGCUGCGAGCUCAUUGUCAGGGACUGUCCAGCGUUCAAUGACAACAUACUUGGGGCGAUGAUGCCGUCUAUAGGGCGUAACCGACAGUAUAUGCGUCCAGAGCUCUGUUGGAAUCUGCGGUCGCUCACGAUCAAGGGUUGCAUGUUCUCCGUGGAGGUGCUGGUUCAUUUUCUGUUCAUGAAGAAGGCAUCCGAGUCGCAGAUUAACUUCCUCGUGGCCAAGAGGGCUCCAAGUUUAACCUCUGCAGCAGAAGCGUGGCUCCAAGACAAAGGUAACAUUGCGCGGUACUCGUGGAACGAGCAGAUCACAUACGAGAGUCUAGGGCAAGAUGACGAAGAGGAAGGAGACGCCAUGGAUGACGGCGAUAUGGACGUGGACUUGCAUGAGGACUCGGAUGACGAGAUGGAUGAGGCAACGCGCAUAUGCGAGCGGUACAUGGGUCUGAGGAUCGCGGACUGA